AUGCUCCAAUCAGCUCGUCUCUCGAUGGCGGCCGCAUCAGGGAAACCCUUUCGACCACUCGGCGCCUACAUUCCACAAAAUCAGCCCUCGACUUCUCGCUCCAGAGACAAGCCUCCUCCAGUGCCCAUCCAUCGGGCUCCAUCAGUGUACUCCAUUCGAAAUCCAUCGCUUCACACGGCUCGUAGUCAUCGCAGCACUGGACGGAGUUCCGUCCAGAAAGAGUUGGUU